AUGCCUGAACCAGAUCGCCCCAUCCCCGACCAAACCUUCAAUAUGCCAGAACCAGAUGCCCCCACCCCCGAUCAAACCUCUCCCAACAUGUCAGAACCAACCACCCUUACCCCAGACCAGACCACUCCCACCAUGUCAGAACCAUACCCACCCUUCUCCAACCAAACCAUUCACAAUAUGAGCACCACCUACCCCCCUCUACCACCCCUCUACCUCCCGCCCGAAAGGUCCCAGCAAGACCAACAGCAAAGUGCCUUUGCCCCCCCGGUAUCACAUUUGGCCUCAGACCCCAUGUGGCAAAGCUCCUUAAUGGACGUGGACGAUAUGUCGGUCCCAGGGCACCCCGCCUCACAGCAGCCAGAGCAUGGUGCAGCUGCCUCUGUGCCACUUGAAUCACGCGUGCUGCCAACUCAACGUUCGAGGGGUAUCAAUAUCGACCCGGUAUUGACACCCUCCCCGUUAAGGUCCCAAGAACGAGGCAUCGAAACCAUUUAUCAGCAGAUCCAAAGAGACCAUCAGGAGAUCGAAAGAGCCCAACAAGAACAACUGGAGAAUCCGACUAGGAGUGCCGUUAUCCCACUGCUCAACGCACGCCCCACGGAGCUGCCGACAAUGGGUAUGCACAACAUGUCAGUGCCUGCCCCCCCCGUCUCCAAUCGCCCAGAACUAGGUUCUGUUCCCUCUAUCCCGCUCAGAUCACGUGCCAUACCUCCACAUUCCUCCGAGCAGUGGGUGCACAAUAUGCCGCUGGUAACGACCGAGUCACUACCACGUCACCACCGAGCCCAACGAGACCUGCAAUACAGUGACAUGGCUGUCCUCCUGCGGUCACUCCCAACCCAGCCAUCCCCCACCCAGGCACACCCCGCCACACCGUCAAUAGAGGUAUGGGCAAGAGAGCGAGCAGAGCGUGACGCCCAGCAAGGUGGGACCGCUGUCCCCUUCACAUUACGCCCCCGUGAUGUGCCACUCUCCGCCGAACAGACAAACGCUCUGCAGGAUCGAUCUUUGCUUUUCCCGGAGGUCUCUCACUGGGCAAUGGAGAUGGCAAUGGAGAGAGCAGAAGAGGAUGCGCAGCGAGCGGCUGCUACCACCCAGCGGGCCGCUGCUAACGCACAGAGAGCCACUGUUGAAGCCCAACUAGGCGCCAUUGCGACGACCAUGAGAGCCGCCAUUGAGGCUCAACACACUGCACAGAAUGAGAGACAGGCGGCGGCACGGCGCGAGAUGCGGAGGAUCGAAAGAGAGGCGGCCGCUGCCAGGGACCAGGAGCGGAACACGUUUGAGGCGGUGAGGGCCGUUGCUCUUGCUGAUCUGGUUCGCCAGGGCUAUAGCUUGCCAAUCAAUGUCAGCUUAGGGAUGCAGCGGCCGUCGGUGCCACGACGUGCUAGGCGGAGGGCAGAACGAGAGGCGCAGCGUGCUGCUGGUGCCGAAUUGAUGCGAGAGGGCCCUACAUGGGCGAGAUCCGCCAGCGCGGAGAGGACCAGGGGUGAGUUAGCGGCGUUUCAGAGGAGGCGGGAGGAGCGGGAGAGUGCUAUGAGGGAGGAGCGUAGGCUGGCGUCGGAGGCUGCCGCAAGGGAGGAGAGUAGGCAGGCUGCGGCGGAACUUCAGGAAUUGAAUGACGAGCUGGACGGGCUGAAUGGAUUUGAGUGCUUAAUCUGUUCCACCCGUAUCCCCUUAGAUACCACCUCCUGCGACGCCUGUCUCACCAACACCGAGUUCUGGUCUCCCGCACAGAUUAUCCGCGCGCAGAUCGCCAAGGCGAAGGGGUUACAGUGGAACGAGUAUCCGAGUCGUGACGGUGGUAGGUGUGUGCUUUGUGAUAGCUACCUCAUUUGUAAAGGCGAGGAAAAGUGCCGGUUUUGUUUGUAUAAGACUAUGGGCAUCACUGCAGUUUGGAAGUUUAGGUGA